AUGAAUACAUCAGGAAUGAACAAUUAUUGGCCUGAACAAGAUGCCAAUCAAACAAUAAAAUCACAUCUAAAAUUUCCUGUUAACUCACAACUAACAUCUAAUUAUAAUGAAAUGCUUCGUUAUUAUGGAGAAACAAAUAAUAACAAUAAUAAUAAUAAUACGAAUACUAAUACUAAUCCUCAAAUAAAACGUACUUAUUCGAAUUCAGAUCGACAAGUUUCACCAUUAAAAAAGCGUCAAUAUGUUCCUCAAGUAUCAUAUUCUCUUCCAUCUUCUGCUGAUCAUUCUGAUGAUGAUGAUGAUGAUGAUGACGAUGAAAGUGAUUUAUUGAAUGCGAAUAUGUCAAAUGGUGCUAUGGAAAAAAGUUCAGAAAUCAAACGUGAUGAUAAUCGAAGACGAGCUGCUCAUACAGCUGCUGAACAAAAACGUCGAAAUGCUAUUCGAAAAGGAUAUGAUGCUUUACAAAGCCUUGUACCAAAUAGUCAUUUACUUGACCCAAUUAGUUCACAAAAAGUUAGUAAAGCAGCAAUUCUCAAACGAUCUACUGAUUAUCUUAUGGAAUUAAAUAAAGAAAAACAACAAUUAAAUACUCAAUUAGAAGAGAAAAGAAAAGAUACAUAUUGUUUACGUGCUGUUCAAAAAACAUAUGAAGAUAUUCUUGAAAUGAAUUUAAAAUCUAGUAAAAAUGCAAGUGCAACAAUUGAUGAUGAACAGAAAUUUAAAGUGUUUCAAAAUAUUGCUGAUGGAUUAUUCCUAAGUUUUGAUCAAGCAAUGCAAGUGGAACAAAUAACAAACUUUUCUCAAUUUACAUCCGCAAUGCUUCGUUGGGUUGAAGAUUCAUGUCGACCAUUGGAUAUCAAUGAUAUAAUUCGCCGUGUUAUUGGACAUUCAAAAUCUUGA